CUACUGACCGCCACCAUCUGUCCAAAAUAAUACUGCAAGAUGUAUCUAAUCAAAAUAAUCUGACAUGCCAACAAUACAUGACUCCCACAAUGUACUUUGUUUUCUCUUUUUUUUUUUAGGUGUAAUGUAUGUGACUUAGGGCAUUCUUUCUGUGUUGGCCUCUUACAAAGUCAGUAAGCAGAGAGAGGAGCUUUGCAGUUGUCAGCUGGUGCAUGACAUAGCCCUUCCAAUGUCUUUGCUGGAGGAUGUUCUGGAUGUGCUGCGCAUGGUGCUGGAGUAUUUUGGGGUACCUCCAGACAUGCUGGUUCCAGUGUGGGACAGUCAGCUGUGCGGUCAGUAUCGCAGCAUUGUGCGGAUGAUUGGGACAAAUCUCCCCCUGACACCGACACCACGUGUUCACUUUCAGGUCCCUCUGCUUACCUGCAAGUCCCAUGGAUAUGUCGACAUUACUGUGGAUACACAUGCCAUCCCCUCAUUCGCUGAUGUUGCUUGGGUGUUUGAGGAUGAGGGGGACAGCUUUGCCAAGACUAGGAACCAUUUACCGCGAAGUACUGUAAAUCGGGAUGUGGUGAGACACCCAGGGCCAGUCCUGCGUCAGGCCCAAGGAGGACACAGGUCUGUAAGACAAACAUCCAAUCCAGAUGCCCUGAAGAAGAUAACAGCGCUGGAGAGCGAGCUGCUCAAACUACGAGCUCAGAUAGCAAUGAUUGUUACUGCCGCUCCAGCCUCAGGUCUGACAGAGUGCCAGAAUGACCCAGCCCUGUCUCCUGCUACACCACCAGCUCUGACCUCCACGCCUCGAUGUUCCGCACCUCCACCGCCACCGCCACCACCUCCUCCCCCUCCCUGCCCUACCUCCACUACUUCAUCUGUAUUAGAGCUGAUCCAACAGCGCAGGAAGAAUGACAAACACCCUGACAAGCCCAAGGGCUCAGGUACAAGUGGGGGUUCAGGGGCCCCCUCCAUGAUGGAUGUUCUCAAGAACUUAAAUCAAGUUAAAUUGCGCACCGUUGAAAGAUCACCAGGGGGCACACCAGUCGGGAGGAGACGCAGUAAAGGUGCAGCAUUGCUUAAUGACCCAGCAGCUCUUAUUGCUGAGGCACUAAAGAGAAAAUUCUCCCAUCAUCGCCACAACAUUUCUUCCGACAAAGAGAAUUCACUAGAACUCUCACCAUUUGGCAGUCCAGAAACGCCAAAGAUUCCUCUACACAACAGACGCAGUCGGGGACGCAUCCACCUGUAA